AUGUAUGAUUAUUCAAUUUUUGAAAUGAAUAGUUUUUAUAAAAAAAUUGGAAAAUAUUAUUAUUAUUAUGUUACAAAGAAUUCUACCUUACAAGCUAUAUUAAGAAGAACAAAAAAUUUCAAAAAACCAGGAAAAGAUUUUAUUAAUGUACAUGAUUUUGAUAAAAACGAAAAAAUAGAAAUUAUAGAUGUAAUAUUUAGUAAAUAUGGAGAUAUAAUUGCAUAUAAGCUCUUAAAAUCUGACAAUUCAGUGAUAAUAAAAUUUAAAUAUAAAAAUGGAAAAGAUUUAAAAGAUGAAAUAAAAGUUGAUGAAUUCUCGGAUAUUGCAUUUUUCUUAAAAGAUAAAGGAUUUAUUUAUUCUUUUAUUACUAAUAAAAUAAAAAAAGAAGGUAAUACUACAAUUGCUUAUGAUUUUAAAAAUCAACUAUAUUAUCAUAAAUUUGGAACAAGCCAAAAGAAGGAUAAAAUAUUGAAAGGAUUUAAUCAUCAUUCAAAUAGUUUGUAUAAUGGAUAUUUAUCAAAUGAUGGCAAGUAUUUAUUUAUAGAAUAUUAUAAUACUAAAAAAAAGAUGAAUUUAUUAUAUUUUUGUCCAAUGAAAAAAAAAAUUAUUUUUAAAAAAAAAUUAAAAUUAAAACUUUUAAUUUUAAAAGAUAGUACCAAAUUUAGUUAUAUUGAUUCAACUAGUACACAUGUUAUAGUUUUUAGUAAACAUGAAUCUAUUUCUGGUAAUAUAAUGAAAAUAAAAAUUCCAAGAAGGUUAAAGCAUACAAAAAAUUGGAAAAAACUUAUUAAAGAAAAGUCAGAUGAUAUAAUAAAAAAAGUUAUCCCUAUUGGAAAAAAAUAUUUAGUACUAAACUUUGAUUCUUAUUUAAAAAUUUAUGAUAAAAAAAAGGGUAAACUUAUACAUAAGAUACCUUUUAACAAUGGUACUAUACAAAAUAUAUGGGGAAAUAUUCAAAGUUAUGAUCUUUUUAUUUCAUUUAGUAAUUUAAUUUCACCACAAAUUAUAUAUAGAAUUAAUCUUAGAAUGCUUAAGAAAAAAAUUAUGAAAAAAUUAGUUUUACAACCUGUUCUUCAAAACUUACCAAAAGGUAUAAACAAAAAUGAUAAUUUUAAAAUUAAAAAUACAUAUUAUACUAGUAAAGAUGGAACUAAAAUUCCAUUGUUAAUGAUUUAUAAAAAUAAUAUAGUAAAAAACAAACAGAAUCCAGUAAUUUUAGAAAUUGCUGGUGAUUUAACAAGACAUUGGGAUAUAACAGAAUCACCACAUAUAUUAUUAUUUAUCAAGCAUUUUAAUGGUAUAUGGUGUAUGGCUGGUAUAAGAGGAACUCUUGGAUUUAGUUUCAAUUGGUUAAAUGAAGGAGUACAUUUAAAAAGAAAUAAUAGUUUUGAUGAUUUGGUUGCUGGGGUUGAAUUUUUAAUAAACAAUAAUUAUACAAGUCCAGAAAAACUUGGAUUAUUUGAUAAUAAUGGUGGUGGUGUUGCAAUAAAUGUUAUUUCAAAUCAAAGACCAGAUCUUUUAGGAGCUGUAGUAUCUAAAUUACCUGCACUUGAUUUGUUACAUAUUGAUGAAAUUGAAAAAGGUAAAAAUUUAUAUAAAAUUUUAUAUGGUGACUCUAAAAUAAAAGCUGAUUAUGAUAAUUUAAUUAGUUUUUCACCAUAUGAAAAUAUAAGAAUAUGUACAAAAUUUAAAUGUCAAUUUCCAAGUACAUUGAUAUUUGAACCAUUAUUGGAAUUUAAACAUAGUCAUGGACAUGUUAUUAAAUAUUUAGCUAAAUUAUAUCAUGAAUUUAAAAAAAGUAUUUCAUACCAAACAAAUCCUGUUCUUGGUUUUUUUGGAAAUUAUUCUAAUUCUAAACAUGAUGAAAAUUAUCGUCUGAAUAGUAUUAAUGAAAGAAUCAACAUGACUGUUUUCCUUCAAGGUACAUUAAAUUUAAAAUGGAUUGAUUAA